AGUCAAAGCGGCACGAGCGCAGCGGAGAGAAACAGCGGCGCGCUCGCGACUCAAACUGCGCGACCUCGGCGAACCCGUCAGCAUCCUGCGAUCACACACACACACACACACACGCACGCGCGCGCACACUCACACACACACACACAGACUCGGAGACGGCUGAUGGCGUGUUAGUCCCGGCCCGCUGCCCUCUCUGUUUCUCCUCGGGAAGAUGGAGAAAAGGAAGAGAUGCGCUACAUGGUGUCGUCUCGCGCGCUGUGUGUCGGUGCUUUUCCUGUGCGCUCUCCCGCGGGCGCGCGCGUCAGCCAACCUGCCACCGUGUCGAGAGGCAGACUACUACUUUGAGUACACGGAGUGUGACAGUACAGGUUCGCGCUGGAGAGUGGCCAUUCCUCAUCAGCAGGGCAGCUGCAGUGGCCUGCCAGAGCCUGUCAGGGGCACGGACUGCACGUUCUCCUGUGAAGCGGGAGAGUUUUUGGAGAUGUCCUCUCAGCAGUGUACCGCUUGUGCAGCAGGCUCCUAUUCGCUAGGCAGCGGUGUCCGUUUCGACCAAUGGGACUCCAUUCCUGCCGGAUUCAGCAGCUUAGCCACCUACAUGGAGCCUGAGGGAGCUGGAGAGGAAACUCUGUCCUGCAACAAUUCCACGUGGACACCUCAGGGUACUCACUUAGAGUCAAAUCGGGACGAGUGCACUGUUUCACUUGUGUAUGCGGUUCAUCUGAUGAAACAGGGCUCAGUCUCAUUCGACUACCAAUAUAUUGACAACAACAUCUUCUUUGAGUUCUUUAUUCAGAAUGAUCAGUGCCAGGAAAUGGACCAGUCAGCAGACCAGAAAUGGAUCAAACUCACGUCUAACGGUGAAUGGGGAACACACACGGUGAACCUGAAGUCAGGCACUAAUAUCUUGUACUGGAGGACCACAGGCAUUCUGCUGGGAGGGAAACCUGUGAAGCCUGUCCUGCUGAAAAACAUUCAGAUUGAAGGAGUGGCAUACACGUCUGAGUGCUUCCUGUGCAGACCAGGCACCUUCAGUAAAACUCCAGGCUCGUCCUUCUGUGAUCUCUGCCCCAGAAACACCUACUCGAGUAAAGGAGCUAGCUCAUGCAGCCUGUGCCCAGAGACACAGUACUCCGAGGAAGGGUGGGCGGAGUGUAAGGAGAAGCCACUGUGCUCAGAGAAAGAUUACUUCCAGAUCCACACUGCCUGUGAUGCCAACGGCAAAACACAGGUGCUGUAUCGAUGGGUGGAGCCGAAGGUGUGUGUGGAGGAUGGAGCUAGAGCAGUCACUCUGCCCCCUUCAGGAGAGAAGGAGGAUUGUCCACCGUGCAACCCAGGCUUUUAUACACCCAAUUCAUCCACAUGCCUGCCCUGUCCACCAGGGACAUACUCCAACGGCACCACAGAGUGCCAGGCAUGUCCUGCAGGAACGGAGCCCUCAUUAGGAUAUGAGUAUAAAUGGUGGAAUGUUUUACCCAACAACAUGAAAUCCUCCUGUUUCAAUGUGGGCAACUCGAAAUGCGAUGACAUGAAUGGGUGGGAAGUUGCUGGGGACCACAUUCGCAGUGGAAUUGGAGGGUCUGAUAAUGAUUAUCUCAUUCUUACGCUGCGAGUACCUGGAUUUAAACUUCCAACGUCUGUAGCUGGAGUCACAGCCAGCGAGUUUGGUCGAAUCACAUUCGUCUUUGAGACGAUCUGUAGUGCAGACUGUGAACUCUACUUUAUGAUGGAUGUGAACAGGAAGAGCACAAACGUGGUGGAGUCGUGGGAAGGCACCAAAAGCAGACGAGCAUACACACACAUUAUGACUAAGAACGCAUCUGUGUCUUACACAUGGGCCUUCCAACGCACCAACAAGCCUUUAGAUGUCCGUCGCUAUGUGAGCGACAUUGCGAAAAUCUACUCCAUCACCAUCACGAACGCUCUGGACGGCUCGGCAUCGUCCUGCCACGCCUGCGCUAUGGUGAGUCAGGAGAGCGGCUCGUCCUGUGUCCCCUGCCCCGCUGGACACUUCAUAGACAAAGACACCAACCAGUGCCAGGAGUGUCCUCCAAACACCUUCCUCUCUGGACAUCACAUCUACGGACAAGAGGCCUGCCAGCCAUGCGGCCCUGGCAGUAAGAGCAAUAAGGAGCACUCCUUGUGUUUCAGCGACUGCUCCUUCUCCCAUGUGGAUCAGAACCGAACACUGACCUACGACCUCAGUGCCUUAAGCUCAGUAGGGUCCAUCAUGAAUGGACCGAGUUUCACCUCCAAGGGAACGAAAUACUAUCACCAGUUCAACAUCAGCCUGUGUGGAGCAGAGGGGAGGAAGGUGGCUGUGUGUUCGGAUAACGUCACAGAUCUGUCCAGCAAAGACAUGCAGAGUGAAUCAGCUGCCUUCAACAAUUACGUACAGACUUUCAUCUGCCAAUCAACCAUCAUCCCGGCGGAUGGACGGGGCUUCAGGACGGCCAUCUCCUCCCAGUCCAUCAGUCUAGCCGAUACCUUCCUUGGAGCCACAGUUGAAAACACGCUGAAUGGAGUCAGCGUUAGACCUGACAUGUUCCCUGAAACUUCUCAAAGACUUCCAGAUAUCAACUUCUUCUAUCAUUCUCCGCAGGUGACAGCAUCCUGUGAACACGGUCGCAGUGCCGUCAUUACACUGCGCUGUAACCCUGAGAAAGGAGAGCGUGGAGAGCUUACUGUACCUAGUAAGUGUCCUGCAGGUACGUGUGAUGGCUGUACAUUUUACUUCCUGUGGGAAAGUUCAAGUGCGUGUCCCAUUUGCACUGAAGCAGACUACCACUCAAUAGAGGGAGCGUGCAAGGGAGGCAUGCAGGAUAUCUUGUAUGUAUGGAACGAGCCUAAGCUGUGCACGAAGGGUGUGUCACUCCCUGACAAAAGCUCCACCCCCUGUGAAGCAGUCCCACUAUGGCUGAAGGUUGGAAUAGGGGGCGGGGCAUUCAUAGCCGUCCUCCUCAUUUCUCUCACGUGUUACUUCUGGAAGAAAAACAAGAGGUUGGAGUAUAAGUAUUCCCGCCUCGUGAUGUCAGCCAAUAAGGAGUGUGAGCUGCCAGCAGCAGACAGCUGUGCGCUGGCAGAAGGAGAGGGUGAGGACAAUGAAGAUGAUGUCGUUUAUUCAAACACUCCAUCGCUGCUGGGGAAACUGAAGGCUAUCGCUAGCAAGGGAGAAGCACCGAGCAGUGAAUCAGUGCAACUGAAGUCGUCUCAGGCAGAGAAAUGGGUCUGGGGGUAGAGCAAUGGGGUCAGUAGGAGUGAAACAACAACAGCAACAACAACAACAACAACAACAACGCACUCUUCACAAAGAAAGGGAGAAUGAGAGAGAGACUUACAGCCGGGUGCCUGGGCAUUCAGGCUCUCCCGCAUCUCUUAACUCAUCCUAAACUGCUUUGACUAAGUUUGGACAAUCUUCUGAAAUUUCUCAACUGUUUACAUAUCUUCUAAAUGCAGUGCAUAUACAUAUACACACUUCAUAAGAUGAUCUUUUGCUCCCUAAUUGAGUACCGUAUAUAUUUAACUACACACAUGAUUAGACAAUAGAUUACACAAUACAAGUGGAGAGUUGAUUCUCACUGAAUCAUUAUUUGGCUCAAACUAAAUCACACACUUUAUUUCUAUCCACUCAGUAAAGGAUAUAAACAUUCCAGUGAGCACUAACAGUGAGCACAGCCUAGAUCAUCUUCAUGCUAGAACUUACAAAAUACAACCUUAUUAUUUCUUUCCAAGAAUCAGCUGUACACGUGUCAGCAGUGAGAAAGAUAGGGUUGUGGGUUUUUUGCAUGGUGAUGUGAGCCAAGAGAUCUGAGAUGGACCUGUGAAGUUUUACCAUAUUAAAACCCAUUUGCUAACCUGUGCCAAGUCAAACUGCUCUGCAAGUCAGGAUGUCAUAUUUAAAGGAUUACUGCAUCCACUAAUCACAAGUUAAAAUAAGUGUCAUUGUAUCCCACAAGUCCUUCAUUUCCUAAUGUCAGUUUAUUUCUGGUUAAAUAACUGAGAGCACUUGACAGUUUUUUUUUUCCAAAGCAUACUUAAAAUUACAGUCGAGUGCAAAAGUUUGUAUCCCCCAUGCAGACAUGCCAAUGUUGCUAACAAGAAAAUCAGAGCAUACAGAAAGAAAUAACUAAAUUUUGCCAAAAAUUUUAGCAUUUAUUGGUGGACCGAACGGCAAGAAAACGAUGCAGAAGUUCAGGGUGAUGGCUUCUCAAUAAUAAGCAGCUCCACCAUUUUUACCAUAACCCCACCCAGUUGUGUUCUACUGGCUCACAAGACCAGUGCAAAGCAAAAGUAAUAACUAGCAGAAGCAAAUUCUGCUUCUUCGUAUGGAUGAAUUUUAUUCAUGGCCACUGAUUUAGCUGAGAAAGCAUAAAAAUGUAGUUUUCAUGAUUAUGCUCUCUGAAACUGGUGACACUAUAGAAUUUGUAGCUAUAAAUUCAGUUUAUUUGUUGCCUUCAUUUGGUUUUAAUGGUGUGCAAACCUUUGCACUCGACUGUAUCAUGUGUAAAAACCUGUGAGAAGGUUAAUAAAACUGCUUACCUUUCAACACAAAUUCAGAAACUCAGACUAGAUGAAAACAGCAGCCACUGUUCAGCUGACAGAGGGAGCCAGAGGCAGGCGUACCUGCGGUGCUCGUACUGCACAGAGCUAGUUUCCGCCCCUGACUACUAGAGUGCCGUGAAUCCCCUUAACUAUGUGUUACCAUGGAUACUGUGGAGGGCAAGAGCCGUAGCCUAGGUUUUCUAUUUCCUGUUUUGUAUUGCUGUGUAUUUAGAGUUGUAAACAGUUCUUGUUUAAAUAUUUGUUUUUUCUCUAUUCCCUUAUAAUGUUCAGCUAAUGCUUUAAUAAACUUUCAGAAUGCUUUA